AUGCUGCUUCUCGUGCUGCUGACGAGCUUCAUUCGACAAAGCUGGAACUUGGGCGUCGCCUUUCUCUGUUUCUGGCUCUUCUGGGAGAACCUUACCCUAGGUAUUAAUGCUGUCAUAUGGUUUGAUAAUGCGGAUAUUGAGCUGUAUGUCUAUUGCGACGUCGUAUCGCACAUGCAAGAGAUCACUGCGGCUGUCAAGCCCAUGGCCACUCUGAUCAUUACUCGUCGAUUAUACCUGAUCACAAGCUUGCGAUCCGUUGAACCUCCUACAAAGGCAGCGAGACGCAGAGAUCUCGCCAUAGAGUGGGCGCUCGGUCUGGGCAUACCUCUUCUGGUCGCAGGACCUCUCUACUACGUAGUUCAGUGGCUUCGAUUUGAAGUCGUUGAGGGGCAUGGCUGCGUUGACUCCUCCGACGGCUCGAUACUCGACAUUUUGCUUCUCAAAUUGUGGAAUGUAAUUCCUCCCCUAGUGUCUAUUAUCUUCUACUAUCCUCAUGUCGCUCGAGUCUUCUAUCGCCACAGUCGGGAGAUUGACAACUUCCUUCAGAGCAAUGACUCGGUAUCCCGAACGAACUACUUCCGGAUCCUUGCUCUCGCAAGCAUUGAUGUCUUGCUUACCUUACCCAUUGGGAUCGCGACAGUUGUCUUGGAUGUGAAAGACUCGUUGAGUCUCGGUCCCAUCUCAUUCUACUUGGGUUGGACCUACGACCACACAGACUGGCAGCCGGAGAGCCUUUCCUACACAGACACAGUGUCCCAAGGGACUUUCGAAGUAGCACAGCUCUACUUCACCUAUUGGACAUCGCCCAUCCUCGCAUUCGUCAUCUUCGGCCUCUUCGGCGUCACAUCCGAAGCCCGCGUAUCGUACUGGCGCAUCAUUUGCACCAUCUGCGGCUGGUUCGGCUGGAAGCCGACUCUUCGCACGCGCAGGGCGCGUUCACCGCUGGGGGACAUCGAGUUCGGCGAGCGUGCUGCUCGGAACUCUAUGUCGCUGGGUCUUGAAUCGAAUCCAAGCUACGUCAACCAUGGCGCCCGCGCGCAAGACCUGCCUAACUCGGGUGGAGAAGGGGGAGUCGUGGGCGACGCAGAAAAUGGCUCGGAGAAGGAUGAGAUAGAGGAAGUACGCCGGAGUACUGCUGAGGAGACGUACGACGAGCGCCCGACGCAGCCUUCCGCGUCUUCCCAGGCUGGCGUCGGUGAUGCCUCGGCCGAAGUGUAA